GCGGGUAUUUCGGGAGCCUUCUGGCCGUGAUUACCGCGUGCGCCGAACAUCGCGCGUGCCGCCGUUAACGUCGUUACGUUAUGAAUAUACGGGACUUCGAGAAACGCUUCCGUAAUGGAACUUCCCUUCCGCUUGUGUGCGUUCUAAUGGCUGAUUAAAAUGAAAUAAAGACACUGGGCCAGCAAGCGUUGAGCACAACCCGGUGAGCAGCUUAAGCGUGGCGAGGGCGACCAGCGAGCACCAGUCAAAGGAGGAAAGAUGGCUGGGUUCCUGGAUAACUUCCGCUGGCCCGAAUGUGAGUGCAUCGACUGGGGGGAGAGACGCAAUACCGUGGCCUCGAUCGUCGCUGGAGUGCUGUUCUUCACUGGCUGGUGGAUCAUGAUCGACGCGGCGGUGAUGUACCCCACCCAGGAUAAGCUGAAUCAUGCCUUCCACACAUGUGGCGUGUUCUCUACGCUGGCUUUCUUCAUGAUCAACGCCGUCUCUAAUGGCCAGGUGAGGGGUGACACCUACGGGGAAGGCUGCUUAGGCCGAACAGGGGCUCGACUCUGGCUCUUUGUUGGCUUCAUGAUGAUGUUUGGCUCCCUCAUCGCCUCCAUGUGGAUCCUGUUCGGCGCCUACGUCGUCCCCAAGAAAGAAGUGUACCCUGGACUGGCUGUGUUCUUUCAGAAUACCCUGAUAUUUUUCAGCACUCUCAUCUACAAGUUCGGCAGAACGGAAGAUCUGUGGGCUUAGAUGGCUUUUUGCCCACGUAGGUCAACCUCCCUGCACUCCCCAUCCCCCACCUCAGCUCCCCACCCAUCCCCAGCUUCUUUCUGCAUCCAUGCCCAGGUAGACACAGCUGGGGGCCCUAUGAACGCGGACCGCCCCCCCCCCCCCCCCCCCCACCCCCACAAACAGUGACAUUCUCUUCACCCUGGUACCUCACCCAGGCUUGGUGCCCUGUCAGCUGACGGUCCGCCACGCCACCCCCCCUCCGGUCAUCGUUUCCUUAAGCAGAAGCAGCAGUGGAGCGGGUCUAGGCGACGGCCUCGGAUCGGUGCCGUGCAGGAUACCCCUGAAACCACCCCUGCUUCCUGAGGAGGACUUUGUCAGCCAUUUGUUGGUCUGACAGGGACACGGAUUGUCCCUGGUGAUUUAUAUUAAUGGCCGCGUGCAGUUAGCUGUUCUUCUCGUCGUCUUGUGUUGAUGAAAUCUGUUGCAAGGGACACCUGAACUUUUAGGUUGAGCCUGACAGGUCGUGGCUGCUGUGCAUUCAUCGCCACAACCCCUUCUUUACACAAAGUGUCAUGGCCGCCAGUGAACCACAGUGACCUUGUUUUGGCUGUAAUUGUUUUUCUAGGUUAAAUGUGUGUAUCAUUAUGUUCAGACCAUAAACAUUAUUGUUGUUUUUAGGGAAAACAAUGUUUCCUGGCUAGAAAGGUUUACCAGGUUAUGUUCUUAGUCUGUGUGCUUCAACACAAAUAUACACUGGGAAAAAAGUCAGUGCUCUUAGUGUUUAAAAUGUUAAGUUAUAAGAAUUUUGUAAAGUCAAAACUGCUUCCCAUGUUGAUAUGUAGCCUGCGGCUUGUAUCACGAAGCAGGAUUUCCUGCUUAAUCAGAUAAAUUGUUGGAUUUAAGGUAGUCGGGGCUAAACGUACGUUUGCCUUAAAUCCAACAAGCAAGAAAUCCUGCCACGUGCAACAGGCCCCUGAUCUGUAUGGUGAGAACAAUGUCCAGAUUGGACAAACAGCCCUUUGUUAAGCCUGCCACUGCACAUCUGAUCAUCUGGCAGAAACAGCCAAUUGCUUUGCACUCCAUUAAAAAAAAAAACACUUCCUGUAAGUUCUUUCUGUCUUUCUCAGGCAAAGAUGCACACAUACGCAUUUUUAUUUGAUUAUUCACAAUAAGCAGUAGUUCCCCUUGGGUGAGACAAACGGUCACACAAAGGGACUGGAAUUUUCACUGAUAAUGACCAUAAUGACCCAGCUUCUGCGUGGGUGGGGGCAGAAUUCAGCACAGUAGCAAAAUCAAAGGCUGCUGCUGCUGCUUAUCGUCCAGUCUCCAGUUAAUGCAGGACAACAGUAGCUCAGUCUUCAACUAUUAAACCCACAUUAAUUUAGCAGCUCUGCUGAUUGAUUACAAAUCAAAGUUUCUGUGUAUUGCACUUCAGCUUGGGUUUUUCCUAGAAUUGACCUGAAUGGGGGAUGUAACAUUCUGUGGAUGUUAGCCUGAUAGCAUUACAGAUGACAAGUGGAUGGCAUAACUCCCACCACAAAGGCCAGCAUGAGCUAGCUCUCUGUGUAAUGCUUUAAAAAAUUACAUCAGAUCAAUAAAAAUAAACUAAA